AUGAAACAACAAUUGACGGGUUCGGCACUUCAUUUGCUAUUAAUGGAAAGGAGGGGCGUGAUGGCCGGCUGCGCAAGUUGUCAAUGUUGUCCUCGUUUUGAACCUCUACAAAUAGCAUAUAUUUUGCUCGAGUUCCGGCUACAGGCUUCAGUGCGUCGCCCGGUAAUUCAGUUCUAUCUGCCGCCAGUCAAACUGAACUGUAUUACGCUGGAUUUCAUUUCCCUUCUGUUCCAUUUGGUGCUGCUGCUUUUCAUCUAUUCGAUGCAAGUCGCUAGCCUAAUAUGCGUUAAUUAUCACAAAUAUUAUGAAGACGGUAAAUUACGCCUGAUAAAUCGUGGGACUUGCGGUGCGAGCAACGGUUUCUGCGUUGCCGUGAAGUUCUGGGACAAAGAUCCAAGGAGGAAACGUGGCAUCUCGUUGGGAUGCGACCGAAUCGACUGCGAGCAUUUCCAGGAACCGGGAUAUGGCUGGGACUCAAAUGGCUGCCGCAAGGAUCGUUAUCUGGGCAGUGAUGGACGAGUGUGUUGCUGUCGGCACGACUUAUGCAAUCGCUCCAGGAAAACAGUCCACUGCUUCGUA